AUGGUGUCACCAUCUUUUAUCGAAAAAUUCACGAAAUUCCUUGACGAACACGGUUAUCCCUAUCACAUUGCCAUAGAGGAUCUCAAAAAGUCAGCUUACUUUCAUAUUUUAACUUCAAAAAAUUUCUGCGUAUUAAAUUAA